AUGGAGCCACCAAAACUGCAGGAAUUCGAAUCGGAACAAGAUUGUGCUAUUUUUCUUUUGACUGAUCAUCAGAUUAAACCAUCUUGCAGCAUUUCCAAAGCUUUUCACUGUUCUGAAGCUGAUGCUGAAUUCUUACGCACACUGGGCUUUCAUGUUGUUCCACCGGAUGAAUUUUCACACAAAAGUCGCCGUGCCUCACCACCGAUAUCUGCCCGUUCCCUCGCUCCAGCCGGUGAUUUUCGAGUUGAACCCGGUCGUAAAGAUAUCGUAUGA